ACGCAAACUAUGGGAGACAGGAGACUCAAGGCUAGCUUGUACGGUUACGAGUCUGUUAUAUAAAGAGCACGCUCGCCAAGCCUAAACACUACACUCCAUCAUGAAGCUCCUGAUACUCGCCUGCUUCAUUGCGGCUGCAAUCGCCGGCUCGCUUCGGAGCUAUGGUCUCCCGUCAUUUGGUCCAGGUGGCUCAGGCAUCUCCGACAGCUCUGAAGAUGAUUGUGCAGAUGGAGAGAUUCGUCAUGUGGAUGGAAAUUGUGUGACUCCUCUUGUAACCAGAAACUUGUACUUGUAUAAUGCUCCGCCAGUAGAUCCAAUCGUAGGUCCCCAACCAAUUGUUCCUCCACCAAGGAUUGAACACACCAUUCUGUUCAUUAGUAACCCUGAAGCCAGCCCAGGUCUGGAACCCAUUGUUGUGCCCCCACCUCAAACAAAUUACGCACUGUACGUCCUCAACAAGCGGCCUGAACUGGAGCAGAAGGUCCUCCAUGUCCCAGCUCCUGAGCAACAAACUCCUCAAGUGUACUUCGUCAACUAUGCUGAAGGUGAAAACCCAACUUUGCCCACAGGAGACGAUCUUCAAUCUGCUCUCAGCUCAGCAUCUUAUGGUAGCGGUGAAGUUAUCAGCACAGCCAGUGACACUGCAGGAGACAUUGAAAUUGACAUUAUUGAAGGAAUUGCAAGCAGUGAGAAUGGUAUUGGAAGUAACACUGGAAACGGUUUUGGAGGUGAUAUUGCAAGUGGCAUCGGAGAGGGUGUGAGUAGCGACAGUGGCAUCGAUGUGCCCACACCAUCUGGUCUAUAUUCCCCACCAUGAACUUAAAAUCAUGACUGCACUGUUACUUUCCUUUGGUUCCAGUCAUUCUAAUUCUCAUGACUUCAUAUAACAUUCUAACCUUAUUAUACAUUAUAAAAUUUAUAUAUUCUGGUAAACAGAAUAUCUUUG